AUGAGUUACAAAACCAACUAUGAGCUCUAUUCUCGGGGCAGCAUCGACAGUAGACGGUCACCUCCACCAGAUGAGCUGCUCUCACCGCUGGCAUCGCUCUACCCACACGUCGCCGCCCUGCAGCCCCAAUACAAUCCACACAGCUGUACUUUCACGGGCUACCAAGACACGAGCUACUGGGCGGCGGCGUACACGACACAGCCUCUCGAGGAGCCCUUUGUGGCUACACGGCGCAUCAGUGGUAAAGUCAAUCUCGCUUUUGUUCUUCGGUCGCAUACUAACGUCAUUCCAGAUGUCCGACCAUGCCGAUUUGUGUCUAAACUACGUCGACUCCUCAGUCGAGACGAUCUGAAAUAUCGUCGAGGAUCUCGUGCGACUGCAUGA